AUGCCGCGCACCCCCCUCCGGCCAGGAGUCUACGCUCCUACCAUGACCUUCUUCCACCCGGACACCGAAGACCUCGAUGUCCCGACCAUCCGCAAACACGCCGUCCGGCUGGCCAAGGCCGGCCUCGUCGGCCUCGUCACCAUGGGCUCCAACGGCGAGGCCGUCCAUCUCACCCGCGAAGAACGCAAGACGGUGACGCGCGAGACCCGCGCCGCCCUCGACGAGGCCGGCUUCCACAACGUCCCCGUCAUCGCCGGCGCCAGUGAGCAGAGCAUCCGCGGCACCAUCGAGCUGACCAAGGAGGCUGCCGAGGCCGGCGCCGAGUACGUCCUCAUCGUCCCGCCCAGCUACUACCGCUACGCCGUCGGCAACGAUGACGCGCUCUACGACUUCUUCACCAGCGUCGCCGACGAGUCCCCCGUGCCCGUCAUCCUGUACAACUACCCCGGCGCCGUCGCCGGCAUCGACAUGGACUCCGACCUCAUUAUCCGCAUCUCGCAGCAUCCCAACAUCGUCGGCACCAAGUUCACCUGCGCCAACACCGGCAAGCUGACCCGCGUCGCCCGCGCCUUGAACGCCAUCACCCCUCCGUCGCCGUUCUCGGACACCCCCCAAAAAGCUCCCUCGACGUCGACCUCUUCUAAGACGGUCGAAAACCACCCGUACGUCGCCUUUGGUGGCAUCGCGGAUUUCACCCUCCAGACGCUGAUUUCGGGCGGAUCAGCCAUCAUUGCUGGUGGCGCCAACGUGCUGCCCAGGACCUGCGUCCAGAUCUUCAACCUCUGGAGCAGUGGGCGUCUGGCAGAGGCAUACGAGCUGCAGAAGGUGCUCAGCGCCGGCGACUGGGUGCUCACCAAGUCGGCCAUUCCCGGUACCAAGAGUGCCAUCCAGAGCUUUUACGGAUAUGGAGGGUAUCCGCGGCGUCCGCUGCGCCGGCUGAGCGAAGCCAGCGUCAAGGAGAUUGCAGAUCAAUUGAAGGAGGUGAUGGAAGUGGAGCGUAGCUUGCCGGACUUUGCAUGA